UAGGCGGGAGAGUUCCGAGUGAGCAUCUAUCGAGUGAGAGAGCAUCUAUUGAGUGAGCAUAUAUUGAGUGAGCAUAUAUUGAGUGAGCAUAUAGAUCCUCGCGAGUGCUGAGGCAGGGCUCUGCCUGUCUUAUCCGGGGUUGUCUCAGCAGAGGCUAUCGCAUUAGUUGCUAUCUGCCGUUGGUGUCGGUGAGCUUGCAGUGACCUCUGCGCUCCCACUUACAGGCGGUGAACAAUUGGAGAACUGCCGGCGAGCUUGUGCACGAGAAGCUGCUGUCACAGCACCACACCGCUGACGAGGAGACUACCAGUCGGGGGGAAAGCUGCUGUCACAGCACCACACCGCUGGCGAGGAGACUACCGGUCGGAGGGAAAGCUGCUGUCAGGGCACCGCACCGCUGACGAGGAGACUACCAGUCGGAGGGAAAGCUGCUGUCACAGCACCGCGUCGCUGACGGGGAGACUACCGGUCGGAGGGAGAGCGGAAGCUGCACAAGCUGAUGGCGCCGUCCAAUCGGACAAGGGCCGAGGAUGAGCGCCAACGCGGCGACAAGCUGCUCAAUAAACGAAACUACACGGAAGCCAUCAAGGCGUACACCGAAGCAAUUAAGUGGAACCCAGACAACCCCGAGACGUACGGGAGCCGUGCUGAGUGUUACAUCAAAUUAAAGAACUUUGAUCGGGGCCUAGAGGACUGCAACACCGGCGUCAAGCUAGACCCCUCGUUCAGCAAGGGGCACCUCCAGAAGGGCAUGCUGCUGAAGGAACAGCGUCAAUUCGACAAGGCCAUGGAAUCCUUCCGGAAAGCCAUCGAGCUGGACGAAAGUAACCAGGAGGCCACCAACGGCUACCGCGAGUGCAUGGUGGCCAUGGAUAACGACCCGGAGAAGACGAGGGCCCGGGCGCUCUCGGACCCUGCCGUUCGAAAGAUCUUGGACGAUCCAGAGAUGAAGCGCAUUCUGAAGGAGAUGCAGGAAAAUCCCUUGGAGGCCAGAAAACACCUGCAGAACCCGGACGUCGCGGCCAAGAUUCAGAAGCUGGUGCAGUGCGGCGUGAUAAGGUUCUGCUGAGCGGUGCACUCCGACGGAGCAGAGCGUCCGUUACGUGCCUGCCGCUAGCCAGCCGCCCGCGCGCCCACGGCCACGGCUGGUACACUGCACCGUGCCAGUGCACCGAGAGCUGGCCGCGCGGUGUGCUGCGGUGCGCUGCGGCUGGUACAGUGCCACUGCGCCGUGCUAGUGCACCGAGAGCUGGCCACGCACAGUGUUUUGCGGCUGGUACAGUGCCACUCCAUCUUGCCACUGCACCGAGAGCUGGCCGCGCGCGGUGUGCUGCGGUGCGCUGCGGCUGGUACAGUGCCAUUGUACCGUGCUAGUACACCGAGAGCUGGCCACGCACAGUGCUUUGCGGCUGGUACAGUGCCACUGCACCUUGCCACUGCACCGAGAGCUGGCCGCGCGCGGUGUGCUGCGGUGCGCUGCGGCUGGUACAGUGCCAUUGUACCGUGCUAGUGCACCGAGAGCUGGCUGCGCGUGGUGUGCCGCGGUGCGCUGCGGCUUCCGGAACGGUUAUGCCAACUGCGCUGAAAGCUGCGGUGGUCGUCGUCACUAGUGAUGACAGAUUGUUUGCUUGCUUAACAAAUGGUCUUGCCAGACAACAUGAACAUUGACACUAUGCUUGAGCUGCUCUAGCAGCGAGCUGACGUCAUUGCCGGGCAUGUGUCUGUGAGUGCGCGGACAAACACCCACUACCCUAGCCGAACAUUCGUUCCUUUGGCCCAACAUCUCCUGUGUCCGAACACCCGCUCCCCUGGCCGGACACCCGCUCCCCUGGCCGAACCUCCGCUCCCCUGGCUGAACACCCGCUCCCCUGGCCGAACGCCCGCUCCCCUGGCCGGACACCCGCUCCCCUGGCCGGACAUCCGCUCCCCUGGCCGAACGCCCGCUCCCCUGGCCGGACACCCGCUCCCCUGGCCGGACACCCGCUCCCCUGGCCGAACGCCCGCUCCCCUGGCCGAACGCCCGCUCCCCUGGCCGAACCUCCGCUCCCCUGGCCGAACCUCCGCUCCCCUGGCCGAACGCCCGCUCCGCUGGCCGAACAUCCGCUCCUGUGGUCGCAGAGGUGAUUGAUUACGUGAAUUCUAUUCAUGUGACUUUUUGAAGCUCCAACGACAUGUUUGAAUGUCCUUUUGUUCCUGGGUUCUUCAUAUAUACAUAUAUAUAUAUAUAUAUAUAUAUAUAUAUAUAUAUAUAUAUUUGGGAACAUUUCGCACACUAUCCAAUGCCAAGCUCUCGGUGCACUACAAGCUAAAAAGGUUUGACGAAGGCCCCAAAUGGAAUUUGGAGGUGAUGCAUAGCUUUAGUGUUGACAUGGCGCGGCUUUAAAAACAAGGUAGAGAUGGAUAGCGGCAAAAUUUUGUUGACUUCAUCUAAACGCAUAGCCAUGUUUUGUUCCUUAACGAGGGUGGGACUUCUCAUUGUUUGAUAUCCUGAAUACAUGUAAUGUUUUCUGACAGUCGCCUGUGAUCAGGCAAUAUGAUCAGGUAUUUGAAGGAAAACAAUGUAUUUCCUCAAAAAGAGUUAUGCCCCCACCUUUUGGAGGUUUGAUUAGUUUGUCAGCUCUGGCAGGGUUGAUUCGCUUGCUUUUCCGAAUAACAGCAUAGUACCUGAGAUACGGUACAAUCAGGGUGAUUUGAAGGAGCAAAGAUUUGCGAGACGAGAGGUUUGUCCUUUUAGCCUUUUCUACUGCGUCCGGGCUUUGAACGAUGCAAGUGAAUGUACUGUUUAUGUCAAUUAGUCAUUUCACGUUUUUGUCGAGUCACUCCUACGUAUUGGACAAAUCUUGUGUUAUCAGUUUGGAUGUCACGCAAUGUAAGUUUGAGAUCAUCAAUAAUAUACAUUAAUAAUCUG